AUGGCGAGCGCUUCAAGUUCCUACGACCGACCCCGCUCAGCGAGGCGAUCCUCGCGACCUCUGACCGAGGACGAAAUUACUCAUAAUUUGUUCCCGGAUGGUGAUGAGUCUGAUAUAGACGACUCAGACUUUGAUCAUGACUACACACAGCCCUCAGAGGUGGAUACGACCGACGACGAGUGUGAACGUGCUGGCUCCACCAGGAUGAUGGGUGAGAGGGAAAAAGGCAAGAAGAUCUUUAUGCAGAGGUGUGCACAGUGUCACACUGUUGAAUUAAACGGCAAGCACAAAACUGGACCCAAUGUCAAUGGCCUCUUCGGCCGCCAGACUGGUCAGGCUUCUGGCUGUAUUUACACUUAUGCCAACAAGGCCAAGAGUAUCACAUGGUUCAAAGAUAUUCUGGAUAUCUACUUGACCAACCCAAAGAAGUUUAUUCCAGGCACAAAGAUGGUGUUUGUUGGUCUUAAAAAGAAGAAUGAGCGUGCAGACUUGAUUGCUUACCUGGAAACCUCCACCAAGUAG